AUAUGCUCCCCUGGGCCUACUACUCCCCGAUCCCAUUCCUUUGCUCCUUCCUUCCUCUGAGAGGGAGAGAGAGCUGGCGAUGGAGGGGUCGAUGCUGCUGUGCGUGCCGCUGGUGGCGAAGACGGUGGAGAAGAUGGCGGUGGAUAUGGCGGCGGCGAAGGCCGCCGGCGCCGACCUCGUCGAGAUCCGCCUCGACCACCUCUCCGCCUACCGUCCCCGCGAGGACCGAAUUCUUGCUCAAGGCCGCCCGCUGCCUGCUCUCGUCACCUACCGGCCAAAGUGGGAAGGAGGUGAAUAUGAAGGUGAUGAUAACCGGCGGUUUGAGGCACUUCGCUUUGCAAUGGAUUUAGGAGCUGAAUAUGUUGAUAUUGAACUUAAGGUGGCUGAGGAAUUUGUGAGACUCAUAUCUGGAAAAAAACCAGAGGACUUUAAACUCAUUGUUUCUUCUCAUAACUAUCAGAGCACUCCAUCCAGUGAGGAGCUUGGUAGCCUUGUGGCAAGAAUACAAGCCGUUGGAGCUGACAUUGUGAAGAUUGCAACAACUGCUGUGGACAUUGUUGAUGUGACACGAAUGUUUCAAGUGAUCGUCCUUUGUCAAGAAAAGCAGGUCUCAAUGAUAGGAUUUGUUAUGGGUGAGCGGGGUGUGGUCUCUCGGUUGCUUUGCCCCAAGUUUGGUGGAUAUCUUACUUUUGGCACACUUGAUGCGGGAAAAGAAUCGGCUCCUGGGCAGCCAACUAUAUCAGACUUGAGGAAUGUCUACAAUAUCAGAAAGAUCAGAGCAGACACAAAAGUUUAUGGGAUUGUUGGAAAGCCGGUAGGCCACAGUACAAGUCCUAUUCUACAUAAUGCAGCAUUUAACUCUGUUGGUUUCAAUGCCGUUUAUGUACCGCUUUUGGUGGAUGACCUUGCCAAUUUUCUCGGUGCCUACUGUUCUCCAGACUUUGCCAGGUUCAGUUGUGGAAUUCCCCACAAGGAGGCUGCAGUUACAUGUUGUGAUGAGAUCGAUCCCAUUGCUAAGUCUAUUGGAGCUGUGAAUACAAUCAUUAGGAGGCCAGCUGAUGGAAAAUUAAUCGGUUACAACACUGAUUAUAUUGCUGCAAUUUCUGCUAUUGAAGAUGGGAUAAGAGGUACAUGGGCAAAGGAUGCAGCUGUUUCCCCCCUUGCUGGAAAACUUUUUGUUGUCAUAGGUGCUGGUGGCGCUGGCAAAGCUCUUGCUUAUGGUGCUAAGGAGAAGGGAGCAAGAGUUGUGAUUGCAAACCGUACUUAUGAACGAGCUAGAGAGCUUGCCAAUUUAAUAGGUGGACUUGCUCUUACACUUGCUGAAUUGAAAAGUUUCCAUCCUGAGGGGGGGAUGAUUCUCGCAAACACAACAUCUAUAGGAAUGCAUCCAAAUGUUAAUGAUACCCCUCUGUCUAAGCAAGCUCUGAGGUUUUAUGCUGUGGUGUUUGAUGCGGUCUACACGCCAAAAGUGACCAGACUUUUGCGAGAAGCCAAAGAAUCUGGAGCCGCUGUUGUUAGUGGAGUGGAGAUGUUCAUAAGGCAAGCAAUGAGACAAUUUGAGUUAUUCACAGAAUUGGCUGCCCCUGAAAGCCUGAUGCGCAAUAUUGUUUCAAGUUUCUGAGAAAUAUGUAAAACGAAUUAUUCCCCGUUUUAUGGAGUUUCGGGGCUUUGAUGCACAAUGAAGUCCAAAUAAUUAUUUUCUUCUGGGGAAACCCUCGUGCAAUAACAAGCAGAUUUGUUCGCGGACCAGAACGCUAUCAACAGAUAUUCUUCUUACUCUGCUUGCUGUUUCUAUUUUUGUAAAAUUAGCUGCAGUACUUUGGAAUGGAUAGGUGCGUUAGCUACUUCAAAAUUAAGAGUGAUCUGUGAUUCCAAAGGCUGAGCAGAAAGCUAUCUAGCUUGGCAUACUGUUCAUAAUCUUCUUCUGGCAUUAGAAAUGGGCAUGCCCUGUUGUAUCAAGUUAGUGUCAGUGCAACCAUCAAGCUAAAUAGCUAAUUAAAGCUGCACUUUCUGUAUCUUCCCACUCUGGUGAUGCUGAUGAGGUCCUCUGCCUCUUUGGCAAGCUCCCCAUCCCCAGCAAUUUCCUCCUACACCGUACAAUUAAACUCGCAUUCUCUGCACCCAUGCCUCAUUGAUUUAGCUUCUUAUAUCGUCGAAUCCAUGGUUCGAUGCAGCCGACCCCUCAGUAUGGUCCCUUGAUUGACCAUGAUUGCUGAACUUUGCCUGGCAGGGAGGAAUGGGAAGCAUGGGGUGCUAUUGAUCAAAUGCUUGAAGACUGGUUGCUGCCAACUGUUGAAGCUUAUACUUGUAGCAUUCACAGGUGCUGCUAAGGAGCAAUCCAAGAGGCUAGGAGACUGAUGGGCACAAUGGAAAGUCUCCAGUGCCCCAUGGAUGUGGUAUUUUGUUGAUCAAGGCACUCUGUAAACUUGGAGAAUUUAAUGAAGUGAAGGUCUUCAGGGAGAAUGCAUUGAAGGGCUGGAGUACAAACAAAUUUACCUAUACUAUCUUUAUGAAUAGCUUUUGUAAAACCAGGUCAAUGAAGCAUUCUAACAAUUUGAAGUUAUAUAGCAAAGAUGGUCGUGUCUUUGAAUAUCCUUUUCGCUUACUCAAAUGUUUGGAAAGGCUAAAAUCUUGUUGGAGAGGAGUGCUGAAUUGGAAUGGGACAUUGAUGUCUUCUUCUUCAA